AUGGUUGUCGAGGCUCCUCCCUGCCCCCAGAGCGGCAACGGCUUUGCGAAUGGCUCCGCGAAGCCCAAGGCAUACCGCGACGAAGCCGAGCGGCGACGAUACGAACACCACGAAGCGGACGUCGUGAUAAUUGGCGCUGGCAUUGCUGGAUGUACGCUGGCCGUUGCGUUGGGGAACCAGGGGCGGAGCGUUAUCUUGCUUGAGAGGUCGUUGAAGGAGCCUGACCGGAUAGUGGGAGAGCUGCUUCAACCCGGCGGGGUGAGAGCUCUUGAACAACUCGGCCUGAGAGAUUGCCUGGAGGGGAUAGAUGCUGUAAGGACAUAUGGAUACGAUGUGAUAUAUUUUGGCAAUGGCGUGAAAAUACCUUUCCCCAGCGAUGCCAACGAUAAGAUCCUGGAAGGCAGGUGUUUCCACCACGGCCGCUUUAUCAUGCGCCUACGAGAGGCGGCGGCCGCGAACCCGAAUGUCACCAUUGUCGAGACCAAGGCCGUUUCUACCAUAAAAUCCACGCAUACAGAGGAUGUCCUUGGAGUUCAAUGCCAGACUGAUGGCAAACAAGACUUUUAUUUUGCGCCCCUGACUGUUGUCGCAGAUGGCUAUGCCUCUACGUUCCGAAAGGAAUAUCUCCCCAUACAACCAGUCGCCAAGUCGAAAUUCUGGGGCCUGGAGCUUAUAGAUGCGAAAUUACCCAUACCGGGCCACGGCCAUGUUGUCCUGGGUGAUUUCCCGCCCAUAUUGAUAUACCAGAUUGGAGAACAUGAGACUCGAAUCCUAAUUGAUAUACCGGACAACCUGCCUUCGGCGUCAGUCGCCAACGGAGGUGUAAAGGGGCAUAUGCGGAAUGUCGUCCUACCUUCUUUGCCAGAGUGUAUCCGGCCCUCGUUUGAAGCUGCGUUAGAAAAGGGAGGAUUCCGGUCCAUGCCAAACUCCUUCCUCAGACCCGUCACGAAUAGGAUCCCCGGCUUGAUGUUCCUAGGCGAUUCCCUGAACAUGCGUCACCCGUUGACCGGUGGUGGUAUGACCGUGGCAUUUAAUGAUGUCGUUCUCCUCCGAGAUCUGCUUAGCCCGGAGGCGGUGCCUGAUUUAAGUGAUACCAAACUUGUUUUAAGACAGUUGUCCAAGUUCCACUGGCAACGGAAGUCGUUGAUUUCUGUCAUCAAUAUUCUUGCUCAAGCCUUAUACUCUAUAUUCGCCGCUGGUGGUAAGCAUAUAUUCUUUCCUCCCUUUGUUACCGGGUAG